UGACAAGGCAACGGCCCCGAGAGACGUCGCAAACCAGACCCGAGUCACGAAGCUUCCCACUGAGCGUAAUCGACUAUAUGUCGAGGUCAGAGGCGGCGACGUCCCCGGAAAGCGGCCAGGACGAGGAGGAAUCCUUCUUCGACAGGCCGCCGCCACCCCCGCCGCCGCCUCCGCCGCCGCCUUCGCAACAAUCGCAACAGUCUCAAUUGGAACAGCAUAGCAUCGGUGACCUGGCGAAGGAUGACGAAGACAAUGCGAAAGUCGCGGACCUGCUCGAUUCAACGGGUGACAGAGAAACGUCCGAGGAAUUGGUCAGGUUCGCCUCGCAGAAGGACGACAGGACGACGAUGGAUGGACAGGUCAGAAGACCUCGUCACAUUUCGAGGGACCAUUACAUUUCAAGGGCGAGGACGACGAUGGUGCUACCGGAUGACGGGGUGACUCUCAGAAGGGAUUUGACCGGUGCUACGAGAAUCUCGCCGAGCACCAUCGAUCGGAUAUUCGACAACAGUAACAGGCGACAGUACGGCAUGGGUAUCGUUGGAAGAUUCCUGGGGAGGUCUUUUCGAAAGAGCGUGUCCCAGAAGCCAGACGUGAAAAAACAGCUGGACGACUUCGAGGAUCACCGACCGUAUUUCACGUAUUGGAUCACCACCGUGCAAGUUCUCAUUUUGAUAAUAUCGUUGGCGUGCUACGGUUUCGGACCUGUCGGCAUGGAUCUCAGUCACAGAUCAGGCCUGGUACUCGUGACCAGCCUGUCGUUGCAACAAGUGGACUACCAGGAACCAGCGAAUUUCUGGUUUGGUCCGAGGGCUGCAGACUUGAUCCAUCUGGGCGCCAAGUUCGCACCGUGUAUGCGUCGCGACAUCAAGAUCCUGAAGGAGAUCGACGUCUGGCGGGAAAGAGAACGGGACACCGCGUGCUGCAUCAGAAACGACGACUCCGGCUGCGUGCAAUCCAGCAAAGCGGACUGCUCUGUCCGGGGACUGAGGUCGACCGCCACGAACACGAUAUCCACGUGGAAGAAAUGGGGACCUGGGGACAGCGGGCCGGGAGGGCGCAUAAGCGGAUCGGUUUGCGGAUUGGAUCCAAAAUUCUGCGACGCUCCAGCCAGUAUAGCGCCGUACGAGUGGCCGGACGACAUCACCAAGUGGCCGAUUUGUCGGAAAACUAAUCCGUUCAAUCAACGAUUUAGUAGAAACGGGAGUCAACGGGGCAAUGGAAACUUCCCGGUAGGCCGGUACAAGGACAAAAUGGCGGAGCACAUGGUCUGCGAGGUGAUCGGUCAUCCGUGUUGCAUCGGUAUCCACGGGAUGUGCCGGAUCACCACCAAGGAAUACUGUGAUUUCGUACACGGCUACUUCCACGAGGAGGCGUCGCUCUGUUCCCAGGUCGAGUGUUUGCACGACGUCUGCGGCAUGAUACCGUUUCUUCACCCCGAGUGGCCGGAUCAGUUUUACAGGCUCUUCACCACCAUGUUCCUUCACGCUGGGAUCCUUCAUCUGUCCAUCACGCUAAUGGUUCAGUAUUUCUUGAUGCGAGACUUGGAGAAGCUGACCGGCUCGCUGCGCAUCGCUUUGAUUUACUUCAUCGGGGCGCUAGCUGGAAACCUGGCCAGCGCGAUAUUCGUUCCUUACAGAGCAGAGGUGGGGCCGGCAGGGGCUCACUUCGCCCUCCUCGCUACGUUGAUCGUCGAGGUGUUGCACUGUUGGCCGAUGCUGAAACAUCCACGCCGGGCCCUGUCCAAGCUGAUCCUCGUCCUCCUGGGUUUGCUGGUCCUCGGCAUACUGCCCUGGGUGGACAACUACGCUCACCUGUUCGGUUUCAUCUUUGGUUUCCUGGCGGCGUACGCGUUGAUGCCGUUCAUCUCGUUCGGCCACUACGACCGCCGACGCAAGAUCUGGAUGAUCUGGAUCUGCCUGAUCCUGAUCAUCGUUCUGUUCACCCUUCUCCUAGCCCUGUUCUACAAUGUGCCGGUGUACGAGUGCGAGGUGUGCAAGCUGUUCAACUGCAUCCCGUUCACGCGCGACUUCUGCGCCUCGCAGAACAUCAACUUCAAGCGGGAGGAGCCCGUAUGACACACGGCGCCGUGUUUCGAAAUCCAGUUCGAACCAUCAUUCCACGUGAUUCAUGGUCAAACAAGGGCGGCUGUGCCCGGCUCUGCUCGUUUGGCCGCCCUGGCUCUGUUGGUAUGCUGUUCAAACCGGUAUGCAGAAACCGUCGUCAUCAUCAUCAUCAUCACCAUCAUCGCCACGAUUCGAAGGAGACGAGGACGAACGCGAUCCACGAUUGGACGAACGCGAGCCUCUUCCGCGCGGAUGACUCGGUGCGUCGGUUAGAAGAGGAAGAAGAAGAAGAAGAAGCAUCGAGGAAUCUCGGAGGGACGCUCGUCCAAGACGAACGACACUGCCUUAAAGUAAAAUAAACUCCACCGAAGAGUUCUCCGCCAGGUCUUUUUAGCCAGUGGGCCCCCUCUGCGUGGCUCCUCGGUGGCAUGUAAAUAUUAGAGAAGAAGAAGAAGUAAAAGAAGAAGAAAAUAAAAAUUAACGCGCCUUUUAACGUAACGCGACCAUCGUUCCCGACGAUCGUGCUUCGAGGGUGGACGCUUUUUGGUCCGAAGCGAAGAUGAAAGUGAAAUUGUUCGUGAUGGAACGAGACAGAGAGACAGACAGAUAGAGAGAGAAAGAGAGAGAGAGACAGUGGAAUUGGAACGAAACGACGACGACGAUGAGGACAAGGGACAAGGACGACGAUGUCGGAUCGUUGGAGAUCGAGAAGACUUCUCACGCCCUCUCUUCGGACG